CACCAUGGGUACUUCCCCGCUGAUGAUAACGCUAGAAAACCCGGUAAAAGACGUGUGUCAACUCUGUGACAAGCCUUUUGAUGAUAAAAGAAACAAACAUAAUUUGAUAAUCAGCAUCCAGAAGCCGAAGCCUUCCUACACUUUGGCUCUGGAGGAGCUAACCGGGCUCCUUAUCACCAGGGAAGACUUGCUAGCGGUGUGUAGCUCCUGCAGAACUUUACUAAACCGAUAUCACAGAAGCUCGUGAGAAGCUGAGCGGAUCGCUGCAGUGGUUCAAUCCAUGUCAGUGAUUCGCACUGCUUCCAGAAAUAGGCGUCAAAUUAACUCCGACCGAAGACUGUUGUACCCGAAAAUGGAUCAACAACAAGCACCAAAGUCCUCCGAAACAGAAUCUGGGAUCCUCUGAGAGCUCAUCACAGCAGACCCCCACCACCCGCUACAGACACAUAGGAGGUCAAACAGACCCGCUACCUACAGUCUCCGUUGCUACGCAGUUCUGCCAUCAGAUGGUCUCUGUUGGCACGCAGCUGUCCUACAGUACACUGAAAAACCACGUGAGAAGCAAAGCCGUACAGGUUUCAAUGUGCAACACUGCUGGCACAGAGCCCUCUCAACAAGACACAAGGUUAAAACUGUCGUCCACACCUGGGAAGGCUUCUGCACCUUCACUGGGCGUCAGACCAGCAAAGAGACCCCGUCUUGAAUUGCAGGAGGAGGAGGAGGAAGAUGAAAAAAAAUGUUCAGUAAACGCACAGCCGCAUGACUCCACAAAUGAUCUCGAUGACUCUCCAUCUGAAAUGAGUGGGAUGGAGUCCACUUGUGAUUACACUGAUGCUAAGUACAUCGUGUUUGAGAGCUGUCUUAGAGACCUUUUCCAGACGUGUCCGGUGUGCAGGUGGGAGUGUGUGGUGCAGCAGCGAAGCCUCGGGACCUUUGUCUCCUUUAGUCAGCGAUGCCCAAACUGCCAGUAUACCAGAAAAUGGCAGAGUCAGCCGAUCAAAAUGAACACUCCUGUCGGAAACCUCCAGAUGUCUGCUGCUGUUUAUUUCACUGGUGCAUCCUUCAUUCAGAUGGAAAAGAUCUGCAAGGCCAUGAACCUCCAGAUGUUCCAUUAUGACACCUUCAGGAGACAUGCCAGGAUGUUCCUAGAACCUGCAAUUAACCAUAAAUGGAAGACGGAUCAGCAGAAACUGGUUGAGCAUCUGAAAGAGAAGGACAAAAUCGCAGUGGGUGGAGAUAUGAGGGCAGACUCACCAGGACCCACCGCCAGAUUCGGCAGCUACACUCUAAUGCACCUGGAUAGCAACAACAUAAUUGAUGUUCAGCUUGUACAGAGCAAUGAGGUUGGUGGCAGCUCAAACAUGGAAACAGAAGGACUCAGAAGAGGCCUGGAUUUUCUGGAAGCACACCAUCUGAAUGUGGAUUACAUUGUGACUGACCGCCACGCACAGGUGCAGAAAUAUCUGAAGGAGCGAAAUGUCGAGCAAUACUAUGACGUUUGGCACCUUGAGAAGGAUUUGUCCCAACAGUUGGAAAACCUGGCUAAAAACAAGGAAUAUCUGGUGGUUCGGAAAUGGUUGCCUAGCAUCAAAAACCACAUUUACUGGACGGCCACGGCUUCGAAGUCUGGACCAGAGAAGGUUGCAAAAUGGAAGUCUCUGGUCAACCACCUUCAGAACAUCCACAAACAUGAAGAUCCGCUCUUCCCCAGGUGCACUCAUCCUGACAGAGUCUCCAGGGACCCCAACAAGUGGUUUCAGCCCGGUUCAUCGGCCCUGAACAAAGUGGAGAAACUCCUACUGGACAAACAAAUUCUACGCGAUGUGGAAAAACUCAGUCAUGACCACCAAAUUUCAUCAUUAGAGGCCUUCCACAGUAUCACCAAACACUUCACUCAAAAAAAUGAUGUUUUGUCUUUCAUAGGGAGGUUGUGCAGGCUGUACUUGGCUGCAAUGCAUUUUAACGAGAAUGCAAAGCGAGAUCAAUCAACAUCUUUAGAGGGAAAAGCUGUUUACAGGAUAAUGUUCCCAAAUUGCAGAACUGGACAAUAUAUAACAAAUCCUAUUCAGAUGGAGCCUACAUUCCAAUAUGUCAGUGACCUGAUGAAGCUUCUUUUUAAGAAAAUUUUUAAGGACCCAACCAGAUACAUAGAGGACCUGAACAAAAUCUCCAUACCAGAGGACAGGUGGACACAGUUUGAGAGACCCUGAUAGAAUAAGACCACUGCUAGGUACAGUCGUGAAUAAAACUUUACAUACAUUUUUAAAGACCACGUAUAUCAUGACCGCCUUGCGUUUCCAAUGACUCUUACAACUCUUGAUUUUCUACGAUGGAAUGAUUGAAACACAUCUUUGUCACAAAAAACUAUCAUGCAUUUAGGUUCUUUCAUAGAUUCAUUACAGGUCUUCUGGAAAACCUGUUGGGUCCAAAAUAUACUUAAAGCAACUUGAACUAUCAGUUUUGGUAAUGUAAAGAGCUGUGUUACUCAGAUUUUCUUAGUGGCAAAGCCUCUUAACUUCUCGUGAGUGAUUGCAGUUGACUACAGCUGGUGACUCUGUUAAGCCAAUUUAAAUAGGGGGCAAUUGAUACACUCAUUAGCCUCAGCCACAACACUACAGUGGGAAAGUCUGAGUCCAGAAGAUCUACAAUAAAUCUAUGCAAGAACUACAAUAAAUGAUUGUUUUUUGUGACAAACAUGCAUGUGCUUCAGUCAUUCCUUUGUAGAAAAUUAAGAAUUCUAGGAAUCACUGGAAACUGCCAUGAUAUACAUGACAUUUACAAGCGUAUGGAAACAUUAUUUCACAACUGUAUGUGUCGCGUUCCAGUCGAGGGGCGGCUGGAACCAAACAAAGUUGGCAGUAGGUACAUCAGGCCAACAACAUCUGGCAGGAUGAUGAACCUGACCUGACCUCUCAGGUAUCUUCAGCAGCAAUUUAAAAAACUGUGAUACAGAGAAUACCUGUAAGAUCCGAAAUGGAAAGAAGACACAAGCAUUACAGGAAAUAUCACCGCAUGGCAUGUUUGCUCCAUGACUGUCAAACGUUCUUCUGAAUCCAGUGAAGGACUUUUACAAAAACUGUAGAAAGUCUCAAACACUACCUCAUACACUGGCAACACAUGUUUUUAUCUGUUUUAAAAUGAUCAAUGCAGUGUGUUCUUUGUCUCCUGUAAAUAAAACAAUUCAUAUUUCUGA